AUGCCUAGCACCAGCUGGUGCUUUGUGCUGCCCUGGCUGGAUGCGGCUGGUGGUUUUGCUCCCCUGGGAGACUACUGUCCGCCUGAGAAUCUCUUGGAGAGUUGCUCUAUUGCCAAUGCACAAGAGGAGUAUUGGAAAUCACUCUCGGAAUGGGACGACUUCAAAGUAAAUGUAUGGACCUCAAAGAAUCAGCGGCUUCAGUAUUUUUUUCUGCCCUUGGCUGAUACGUUGAGACAGAUGGAGUGCGUGAUCUUCUAUUGGCACCGCUGUACUCGGGAGUACCUCUUGCAGCUUUGCAGUUUGUAUGCCAAAAUUCUAUUGGAAGGCAAAGCUCAAGGAUACGAUUUGGCCGCGACGAUGCUGUCGUGUUUUUCCUCCGGUGCCUUGGAGGGCCCGGAGGGCCGUCAGCUGGCUGAGGAGAUGAUGCGAUGGCCAUGCGCUCCACAAACAUUGGAGGAGCGGCAACUGUUAGAAGUCAUGCGCACUCUGAGAAAAGCCGUGCGUUGCUCCGCUUUCCAGAUUGAUAUGUCAAGCAGAAGUGGCAGCGGCAAACCUGACCAUUGGAUUUCAGGCAUUCACAGCUUGCACAGCCCCAGCAGUGUCUGUGCUCGAAAUGAUUUUGCUUGGUGGCACCAAGCGACGCCCAAACUGUAUGAUGCGGGAUGGUUUUCAGGGACUCAGUGGGUGAUCAAUGUGGGUACAGCAAGCGGUGGCUGCAGGAGAUUACUUCAAGCACCGCCUGACAGGGACGUAGAAAAUAUUUUCGAUAGCCAGGACCCCGCCAAUUGUCUCUCGACCCAGCUGGGUGGGGUUUUCGUGGAAGGUGGGGAGGAGCACUUCCCACGGCUACGCGCACAGUACGAGCUGCGAGAAAAUGUGAAGCUCAUGCUGGAGCCGAGUGAUCCCAAAAGUGUGAGAAGCUUUGUUGAGAGCCAUUUGAAGAACGAAAGCUUCGAUGCUGAUGAACUUGUCCUUCUAAAGGUGGAUGUGGACAAUUGCGACUGUUGUUUUCUUGAAGCUCUAGUGAGUGAGCAACCUUAUGGUUUGAAUUUGCGGCCGCACUUCAUUCACGUGGAAUUUCAUCCCAUGAUCCCUCCACCCAUCGUAUACCGGCCCUUGCGUUUCACCUUUGGUGUCGGAGACUCCUUGCUGGAAAUCUCCAGUCGCCAUGGGAGGAGGGGCCAUUUCCUGCACUGUUCACUCAGCGCCUUCUCCGAGCUCCUUGUGCCGCUGGGCUAUCGCCUGGUGCACGUGCUUUGGAACGAUGCCGUCUUCGUCCAUCAGAAGCUGCAGGAAGCACAUCCGCUGGAGCUGAAGAGAUGGGACUCAGAUCCAGAAGAACUUUGGUUCGGAGCUUAUUUCUGUCAUCCUUUGCGCCCCAGUCCGGUUGAAACUCACUACAUGGGGGAAUUCCAGUAUGACUAUAGACGCUGGAGUGAUAUUGGCAUCUCAGAAACCGAUCGGCUAGAAUCUAUUCGAAGGUAUUUGGAUUUCUGGCAAAUACCCAGAGCCUUCUACACUUUGUAUUUAAGCCUUCAAACAUCUUCAAAUGGUGCAAAAAAAACGCUGGGAAACAGCUGCCCUUUUUUGGCUUUUGUGGACGUGUUUCCCACCGACAGCUGGGGAUAUUAG